AUGACAAAUAUAUCUGGGAUCUCCAGCUGGGAAACCAAUCGUGAGCUCCUGGAGCACGGCGUAGUAUAUUGGGUUAACGCCCCGAACGAUGCUGGUGUGAACAACAACCACCUUGAAGACGUAGCUGGGUUCCUAGUUAGCACUGGUGAAUAUAUUGUCAACCUCAAGGUUACGUUGAGGUACGAUGAUCUUGUUCAUUCUUCCACGAACUUCGUGCACAUCGAGGCUGCAGACCGCACGGCAAACUGGGUCGUCCAGUCCAGCGGCAGCCGCGCAGACUCUCCCGGCACCCCUUCUCAACUCUCGGGCUAUCCAGCCACCCUUCACCGCUGGUGGGCUGAUCACCACAGAGCUGUGGUGACGGUGGAGAAGCGGAAGGAUGGUGACAGCAGUGAUUCGGUGACAGCAGAACAGAGCGACAAGGGACGUCUUCUUGCUAACACCGCUGCGCUGUUGCUGCUCGCCCACUAA